UUCUCUCUCUCUGUCUGUCUGUCUGUCUGUCUGUCUGUCUGUAAAGAACACGCCGAGGACAAGUUGCCGAGUUUCUCGUGCCCACAUCCGUGAGACGGUCUCUCGCACGACACGGCCAGUCACAUUUUAGGCGGACACCCCGAGCGGUGAAGCUGCUUCUCGACUUUUCUUUACUCAACUCUUUUUCCACUUAUCUUACAGUCGGGGACAAUAAUUCCUGGUGGCUCAGGUGGCUUCCAUAUUUCGUCACCUGAAGUGUCCUUUGGCCUGAAGCCAGCCAACACCCGUGCUGGGAGAGGGAGAGAAGCACCUGGAGUGCUGUGCCCGUCGCCAAGUGGGGAAGAAAAAAAAGCGAGAGUGAGAGAGACUGCUUGGAGGACUGAGCCAAACUCACUAGUUGAAACUGUGGCUACCUGAAACAUGGAGGUCGAUGGUACUUCGUGGAAACUUACUGUGCUGUUAUUGACCUGCUUGUGGGGGUUGUCAGGCAUUUGGGCAAAGAUCCUGAUGCCCCAAACCCAUUUGGAUGUGCUGAAGGGUCAGAUGGUGAUCCUUCAGGCUUCAUACAACACGGUGCCUGGGACCGACCUGAGCACAAACACCAUCAUCUGGAACCUUGUAUCGAACAACACUCAGCUGAUCAUCUCUUACACGAAAGGCUCUAUCAGUGUGGGGAGUUCCCUUUUUAAGGACAGAGUUGGGUUCACCUCUCGCAUGCCCUCUAGUGACGUGUCUCUGUACAUCAACAACACACAAGAGUCCGAUUCUGGACUUUACCUCUGCCAAGUCAUCAUCCCGGAUAAUCCUGGCCUCACUGGUGAGCUCAGCCUGGAUGUCAGAGUGCCCCCAUCUGUCCCUAAGUGUACUUUAUCAGGGAAACCAGUGCUGAAAGGAAAUGUGACUCUGAGCUGCAAGUCCAGCAGUGGGAAGCCGAUUCCAUUGUAUAAGUGGAAGCGAGCCAGUCCCUCCUCUGAGGUCUUCUUCUCACCCAUGCUCAAUGAGAAGACAGGCACUCUGAAGCUGAAUAACCUGAGCAGUAACAUGUCAGGGAAGUAUGUGUGCAUCGCCAGCAAUAUAGUCGGAUCUGAAAGCUGUUUCAUCAACCUGGAGAUUUCCACCUCCAAUAGAGUUGGAGUGAUUGUCGGCGCCACGGUGGGCACGGUGGUGGGCGUCCUCUGCCUUAUACUAAUUUGCGUGUUUUUCCUUAAGAAGAGGCAACGGGACAACGAAGAUGACAUGGCAAAUGAAAUCAAAGAGGACGCUCAGGCUCCCAAACGUGUGUCAUGGGCUAAAAGCGGAAUGGGUUCCGACAUCAUCUCCAAAAACGGCACCUUGUCCUCCAUCGCCUCCAGCCCGCAACACAGAGAGCCCUCACACCAACAAAACCACCACCACCACUUGCAGCAGUACCCUCAGCGCGCUCCAUCCGAUACGGCCUCCAUCAUCACAGCCACUGGCAGCACAGCCGGCUACCGUCCGUCGUGCCAUCAAGGAGCCACCACCCCGACCCACUUCAGCUACAACACCACCACCACCCUCGCGCGUGACCAGCUUGCCUCUUCGGAAGCCAACGGGGGCUCACAACCCAAACCAGAGCGUUCCACACAGCUGCCGCAGGCCCAGAUGCUCCCACAGACCUAUAGUCACCCUCAGUUACAGCUUCAGGCCACUCCACCCCCUCCACCACUUCCCUACUCCACACUCACCGGCUCCAACAUCGCCCGCAUGGGUGGGGUGCCCAUUAUGGUGCCCGCGCAGAACCAGGCUGGAUCACUUGUCUAACAAUAGCCAUGACGUACGAAGAUAUGCUGUUAACUGUGGGGGGAAAAAGGUUCCCUUUAUAUUCCUGGAAGGGGUCCCCGAAGCUUUUCACUGAGUACUUCAGAAUUCAAUUAGUUAAACUUUUCAAUAUUCUGGGACUCACUCCUUGCUUUAGGUGUGUGUGUGUGUGUGUGUGUAUAUAUAUAUAUAUACACACAUAUGAUUUUUUUUAUAUUCUUUUACACAAUCUUGAGUGACAUUGUUUAAUCUUUUCUACCUUACAAUUUUUGCUUCUUUUUUUUAAUUGUAUGUCAUUCAAUUUCAACAGCUUUUAUUGGUUGCAUUUUUUUUUGCUAUCCUAUGUUUUUUUCGGCCUUUUUCUGGUCAACAUAUACUCUUUGACUUGCACAUUUAUUUAGCUACUUAUAAACAGCACUAUUCAGGGUCAAUGUAACUUGACGCUUGGACAACUUUGUGUUUCAUUCGCGUUUUUGCUUUGGAAGUGCCACCUGCAAUUGUGAAGUGUUGCUUUCCCAAUAAGGCACAUUUGUGAAUACAAAUCAACAGUGGUAGAUGUGCAUUUGUUCAUGGAAAAAAAAGACAUGGAGGAGGGGGGGGGGGGGGGGGGGCUAGCACCGAUAAAUCCUUUCGGCAUUAAAAUGUUUGAUUAUUUCCAUUGCAACAAAGUUGUUAAAAAAAAAUUCAGAUCACCCUCAACAUGAUUUCGAAAUUAUUUUAAGUUUAAAAAAAUACUACACAAUGUUAAGUUGAAUUGAUUGAGGUUGCAGGCAGCACAAGAAAUGUAAAUACGGUAUAUGUAUUUCUUUUUCUUUUUGUUAUUAUUACAGUGAGCAAAGCGUGAUAUUGGCAAUAGUUUGCAGGUAUAAACUCGGAUUACGUGUUAAUUUUCUGCCUUGAACACUGGAUAUUGAACCAAAGAAAAACAGUGUGCAUACUUUUCAUUCUUUGAACUUGUUCAGAUUGAUAUAAAAUAAUUACAUUUUGAUCUGGUGAAAAAAAAUGUAUUAAAUAUGUACAGUAUUAUGUAAAACGAUCAUCAUGUAUGUAUCGUCAUCACACUGGAGCAAAUCGUUAUUGUUCUGCUACUGUUGGUUUGAAGAUCAAGAAAAGCCAAGACAUGAUGAAUUUACAAUGAGAACAAAAAGGGGCAUUUUACAAACCCUUCCGAAAGUGAAAAGUUGGAUCUCCAACAUGUAGUGUUGUGCAAAAAUGAAAAGAAAAAAAAAAGUUUCAUCAUUGCCUCAUUAUGUUUGAUGAGAACAAUUUGAUUAUUGAUACCGCUACAUUUCAAGGUCAAUGUUUGAAAUUCUGAACUGUGCAUUAUGAACAAGAGAAUUUAUUUAAAAUAUCUCAAAGUAUUUUUUCAAUAUAUAAUUCAUUAUAAUGUGCACCAUGUAUGAACACUCAAUGUUUUUAUGUUUGUUUUAUUUUUUUAAUUGAAAGUGCUAUGAACUAAGAAGGACUACUGGGGACAAAAAAAAGUGGCCAAAUGCAUUUAUUUCUACUAGUGGUCUCAGUGUCCGACAGAUGUGUACUUGUAUCCUCCAUAAUCAACGUUUAUAUAAAUGCUUUGUAUCAUAUUUUCAAUUAAAAAUGAUAUGAGAGGCAUCCACUAAAUGGCA